AAGGAAACAGGAGAAAUUACUCUGGACCACAUCAACCCAGACGACUUCUCUGCGGUGCUGGACUUCGUUUACACUGGCGUGGUCAAUAUAACCCCCAAGACAGUUCAAAGCCUGCUGGUCGCGGCCAACUACCUCCAGAUCAGUUUUCUAAUUCAAGAAUGCCAGCACUUCAUGGAAGCAAAAUUAGAUUAUGACAAUAUCUUCGACGUGCUCAGGUUUGCAGCCGAUUUUUCUCUGGUCAGUUUAAAACAGAAAUGUCACAUUUUCAUCCAGAAAAACCUGGAGACCGUGUCGAAAACAAAGACCUUCCUCCAAGCAGACCCAAGUUUAAUCAAAGACGUCCUCGACGAUGAUAAUCUUGCCGUCGAGCGAUGCCUUGCACCGGAAGCGGAAGCCGUCGUUUUAAGAUCUGUUCUGGCGUACUUGUCGCAGGGCUCAAUCUCGGAUGACGUCAUCGAGAUGCUCCUUUCGACUGUGAGGUUUCCUGACAUUGCACAGAAGGAAGUGGAAAAAAUCGUGCUGGAUUUCCCAACGCUGAUAGACAAUAAGCAGCUGAUGCGGAGCAUGACGCUCUCCGUGAAGUUUUCCGAAAUAAAGAACUCGAAGGCAGGGGAUAACAACAUGAACAUUUUCCCGGAGAGCUGGAGAAAACCACGAAAGAUGUCGUAUCAUAUGCUGGUGAUGCGGCGGCGCCGGUACGGUGUGCCCUUAUUCACAUCGCGCCUCUACCCCGGGGGCUGCCCAGAAUCGGACAAAGAAAUCGCCAGCGUUAGCAUCUGGGUAAAGCCCCCAGGCCCGAACUCUCCUGCGGUACUGGGUGGUCUAGUGGUUAGGUACCGAGCUGACGGCACAAGCUGUGAUGAUCAUGCCUAUGCCAGGGGAACCUUCCGGGACGAAUGGGAUCACUUUCUGUUAGAGCUGAGCCCUGAAGAAUUCAUCAUUGAGGUUCAAAUACGUUCAACGGAUAGCAUAGUUAGCAGUAUUGGAUUUAAAAUGUCCAGCGGCCGCUCGUUCGGACCUUACGGGGGCAUGCAUGGGAAUGAAAAUAUUGAGCACGCACCUACGCCAAAAAAGUCAUACCUGAAUGCCAUUUUGUGUGACGCUGUAAACACACCUUCACUUACUGGUGUUAUAAAUCUUGCUCUGCGCUGGAUCACAUUCUGA